AUGCCGCUUACUGGCUCCUGGAGUCUCAAGGCACCAGCAGGCUGUGCCGAGGAAGGAGGGGCUGGGCAUGCAGCCCACGGCCACCUUGAGAGUGAGGAGGGCCGUGGGGAGCGUGCAUGGUGUGGGCCGUUCCACCAGGGCAGCUGCUCCUCAGCCUGGAUUCCAUGGCCUGUGGGGUGGAGAAAAAAGUGUAAAACCGAUGGAGUUUUUGCAAGUUUCAACAAGUACAUGGAAAAUUACGGUGUAUCUCAAUGCCCUUUACAACCUUACUUCCGUAUCCUUCCAUUUGUCCACAAAAGCUGGUUUCUGGAAUUUGAGCUGAAAGACACUUUCCUUGCAAAGCUGAUCACACCAAGCACUCCUAAGCCCGUGACCGCCGUGUGCCUAGGACUGUUCGCCGUCGGGGUGAGCGGGAACGUGGUGACGGUGCUGCUGAUCGGGCGCUACCGGGACAUGCGGACCACCACCAACUCGUACCUGGGCAGCAUGGCUGUGUCCGACCUGCUCAUCCUGCUCGGGCUCCCCUUCGACCUCUACCGCCUCUGGCGCUCCCGGCCCUGGGUGUUCGGGCAGCUGCUCUGCCGCCUCUCGCUCUACGUGGGCGAGGGCUGCACCUACGCCACGCUGCCGCACAUGACUGCGCUCAGCGUCGAGUGCUACCUCGCCAUCUGCGCCCGCGUCCUCGUCACCCGGCGCCGGGUCCGCGCACUCAUCGUUGCGCUCUGGGCCGUGGCGCUGCUCUCCGCUGGGCCCUUCUUCUUUCUGGUGGGCGUCGAGCAGGACCGCGGCCGCUUCGCAGUCCAGGACUUCAACGGCACCACACAGCUCAUCCCCUCGCCCCGCCCCUCGCCGCUACCCCUCGGGUCCUCGGGAGCUCCACCGCUGUUCCCGCCGUCGGGACCCGAGGCGGCGGUGGCCGCCACGCUGUUCAGCCGCGAGCGCCGGCCGAACCCCGGACAGCUCGGCGCGCUGCGCGUUACGCUAUGGGUCACCACCGCCUACCUCUUCCUGCCCUUCCUGCGCCUCAGCGUCCUCUACGGGCUCAUCGGGCGGGAGCUGUGGAGGAGCCGUGGGCCUCUGCGAGGCUCGGCCGCCUCCGGGCGGGAGAAGGGUCACCGGCAGACGGUCCGCGUCCUGCUGGUGGUGGUUCUGGCGUUUACAGUUUGCUGGUUGCCUUUCCACGUGGGCAGAAUUAUUUACAUAAAUACCAAAGGUUUCUGCAGAAGCGGGGAGGCUGAGGACCCUGGAGGCAACACCGCUGGCUGCACAGAGACCAGCGCUAACCCACAGACGUCGGCAACCAGCGCGGCCAAGCACCGUGCCCCUGGUCCCACAGUGCUGGGACUAAAGGGAAAACUGCUCUGUAGGGAGAUAACCGCAAGAGGGGAACCAGAUGCUGUUAGGAAGAAAUGGAAAAAGUGGUUGACAUUUUGCAGGUUGGUCAACAACUUAGUAUGAUUUAAAGACAAAACCAACCAAACAAAAUAAAGGUAUGAGAUGUACCUAUCAA